AUGCCUCCUCGUACUUUUCAUUUUUCUCAGCCUCAGAUCGAUGAAUUGAAUGGAGCAGCUAUCAUAUAUCAAAAAGAUGCUACGAAUAAGCAUGAAUUUCUGAAUCAAUUUUUAAAUUUACACUUUCCAAAUUAUUCAAAAAAUUUAAGAAAGCACGUAUGGAAUUAUUUAAAGCGUGCUUGCACAAUUCAACUCAGAGAUUGCGAUAAAAACGUUUACACACAAUAUUAUAUUAGUCCUCCCUAUAAAUUUCACAAAAUUGAUUCAUCCGGCACCGAACAUUCAUAUUCAAUCGUUUACAAAUGCGAAGGAAGCUGCAAUUACAAAAUAAAAGUGACACUGUACCCAAAUCAAAUUCCAAAAAUCGAACCUCUCAGUGGUGAGCAUUCAUGCACACCAAAAGGUACAGUUUUUAGAGAUAUUGAAGAAGAAACAAAAAUUAGGGAUCUAAUGCAAAUUACACGUGAACACCAUUCAAUACAACCGUUAACUUCAGAAGCGCAAAUAUUAUCAUAUUUACUUUCUGAGGCAACAAAACUUGAAAGGCCUCCAAAAAUACCAGAAAAUUUACCACGCACAUUAUACAAAGAGUUUUAUCCACAUAAUUUGGUUAUUCCAGAUUUUGUGGAACAAAUUCUUUCAAUUACCAAACAAAAUUCCGAAAAUUUUCUAAAAUACAUCGCGUUUUACCCAGAACCAAUAAUAAUUUUCGGUUAUGAUCGUUCUGUCUCAAUUUGUCACUCAGCAACAAAAUUAUUCUUGGACGGUACCUUUAAAAUCGUCCCAAGACAGUUCGAUGACAAGGGUCAACUCCUUACAUUAAUGGUGCUUGACCAAACAACGAAUGAAUACAUUCCUGUUGUCCACAUUCUUAUGAAAUCUCGGACAGCAGAAGCGUAUACAACCGCAUUUUCCGCAUUAAUUUCAAUAAUUGGGUUCAACAAUUUCAAAACUGUUUACGUAGAUUUUGAAAUCGCACUUUACAAAUCCAUUAAAUUAUUUUGUCCAAACGCAAAGGUUACUGGCUGCUUAUUUCAUUAUCGCCAAGCAUUAAUUCGCAAAAUAAAAGAAUUAUACCCGAAACAAGAGAUACCAAAAGAGAUUUUUACACUUUACCAAAUUUAUUCCUCAUUACCUUUCGUCGAAAAAGACUCAUUUUAUCAAAUACUUAAAUUAAUCGAUGAGUCAUCCUCAGAAAUUGCAAAGCCGUUCGUAAAUUACUAUAAAAAAGUAUGGAAGAAAGAUUAUGAGUUCAUUAACCAAUUAGAUUCAGAGGAUGAUAUCUACACAAAUAAUGCUCUUGAAUCCUUCCAUUCUUUGCUUUCGAAAGAAUUAGAAAAUGCCCAUCCUAGCCUCGAAAUAAUGAUUGCAAUCUUAAUGAAAGUCGAUAAACACUUGUUGGAUAAACAAUUACUCAGUACAAAACCAGCAAAACAUCCUGUCAAUUAUACAAAGUCCACAGCAAAUAUUAAAAAAGCAAUUACAAAUUAUUUAUCCGAAACAAAUCGAAAUUCCAAGAAAAAUCAAAUCAAACUUAAAGAAUUUCAACAGUCAAAUCAAGUAAACGAGAAUUCAAUCGACUUUACACCAGAAACAGGUGAGUUUUCUCAAAAUGAUGAGAAGAUUCUCAAUGAAAUCCCAAAUGACCAGAAUAAAGUGGUUAAUCAAGUGAUCAAAUCAAUGGCAAAUCCAUCAAAUUACAAAUUCGAUAAAACAUUACUCACCGAGAAUUUAUUCUCAAUCGAACAAAAGGGAAUCACGAAAAUUAACCGAACCAAAUUUCCAAAACAAAGAAGUAAUCGUUGUCUUACAAGAAAAAAGAACAUACAAAAGCCUAAUGGUGAUCUUGGUGAAAAAUUUUCGAAAAUUACUCGCAAAACAAGCAAAAUUGAGAAGGCUCAUUCAAAUUCAGACCACAGCAGUUCAAAUUCAGAAGUUACAGAUGAACCUCUCUCAGAUGAUUCUGAUGAUGAUUUCGAGGUAAAGGCUAAAGGUAAAAAGAGUCCAUAUCCUAUUCCAGAAUUAUCAGAUGGAUCUUUUGAGACACCAAUAAGUUCAGAAUCCGAGACUUUUGAAAAUAAAAAAAUUUCAAAUGCUCCAAACGAGAAAAGUACUACAGACAAAUCUGAAUCAGACAAUGACGAGGAACCUAUAUCGUCUGAAAGCGACGUUUACAAAGAAGUUGAAGAAGUUCAAAAUUUCAAAGAAAUUUCCAACCCUGCUAUGCCCAAAAAGAAUAAUGUUGAUAGCGAUGAUGACGAUAGUUGGAUCAUACGUCCAAAAAAGGAAAUACAGAAGAACAAACUUGAAAUUAUUGCUGAAAAAUGCGAAAAGAGAUUAAACAGAGUGAGAAAUUUAAGUCAGGCUUUACCAAAAUUUGAUGAAGAUGAUUUGGAAAGACCUUUGUCGGAAGAUGACUAA